CCAUUGUCUGACCACUCUGUCUACCUCGCGCGCUCCAUCUCUCUUCUCGCCCCAGUCCAUAUACCCACUCCAGCGUGUCAGUCUGCGUUGUCACCGAGCCCGCAGCAAAGCACAUCAGGGCGCUCCUCCGAGAAAUUCCUCCGUGUCGCGGUAGAUUAGCUUCUACUGUAUCGACGGCAGCGAGACUUCGCCCGGCUCUCCCGCCUACUCCUCUCCCCACCACCACCAUCAUGUACGGAUCAGGACCGCAGACGGGCAUUUCUACGCCGCGCUCGCAGGCCUCACUCCGUCCGCUCGUUCUGUCCUAUGGCUCGCUCGAGCACACCCUCCUCAUCCCCACCGCCCUCCACUUCAACGCCCAGCAGUUGAAGGACACAUUCAUCUCCACCCUCCCGCAGCCCACAGACGAGCUUGCCCAGGAUGACGAGCCCUCGUCAGUCGCAGAGCUUGUCGCCCGAUACCUCGGCUUCAUGGCCCAGGAGGUUGAGGAGGGCGACGACCCGGGAUCGUUCGAAGAGGUUUUGAAGCUCGUGCUGAACGAAUUCGAGCGCGCCUUCCUACGAGGAAACGAAGUGCAUGCUCUGGCUGCUUCGCUACCUGGAAUUGAGCAAAAGAAGCUGGUCACCAUCCGGUCAUACUACGCAGCUCGGGCUGCCGUGGAACGCCCCAUCAAGCACCACGAAUCGGCCCUGUUUCGCGAGGCUGGCGACGAGAAUGCCACGGUCUAUGCCGUUCUUGGAGGCCAGGGAAAUAUUGAAGAAUACUUCGAAGAGCUGAGAGAAAUCUAUACCACAUACCCCUCCUUCGUGGAGGAUUUCGUUGCAGCAGCUGCAGCCCACCUGCAAGGGCUUUCGCGGGACCCCCGCGCCGAAAAGCUCUACUCGAAGGGCUUAGAUGUGAUGCGAUGGCUGAACAACAAGGAUUCGCAACCCGACGUCGACUACUUAGUAUCUGCUCCGGUCAGCUUCCCCCUGAUCGGACUGACUCAAUUGGCCCAUUACGUUGUGACCUGCAGAGUUCUCGGAAGCCACCCGGGACACAUUAGAGACCGCCUCAGCGGUGUGACUGGCCACUCUCAAGGUAUUGUGACUGCCGCUGCUAUCUCAGAGUCGAGAAACUGGGAGACAUUCGAGAAAGCUGCUAAGAAGGCCCUCACUGUUCUCUUCUGGAUUGGCUCGCGCAGUCAGCAGGCCUACCCACGGACAUCCAUCGCACCCGCCAUCCUUCAGGACUCUAUGGACAAUGGAGAAGGAGUCCCAACUCCUAUGCUUUCCAUUCGAGAUCUAUCAAGGAAAGCCGUCCAGGACCACAUUGAUGCUACAAACCAGCAUUUGCCCGAGGAUAGGCACAUUGGCAUCUCCUUGGUCAACAGUGCUCGGAAUUUCGUCGUGACUGGUCCCCCUAUCUCCCUCUAUGGUCUCAACUUGAGGCUUAGGAAAGUCAAGGCGCCUACCGGUCUUGAUCAGACUCGGAUUCCCUUCACUGAUCGCAAGAUUCGUUUCGUUCAUCGCUUCCUUCCCAUCACCGCGCCAUUUCAUAGCCCUUACCUUGCGGAAGCUACAAAGCAAUUGCACGAAGAUCUCAAAGAUGUGGUUAUCAGCGGCGAUAGCCUCGGCAUCCCCCUCUACGAUACCGAAACCGGCAAAGACGUCCGGGACGAAGAGCUGGACAACAUCGUUCCCAGUCUUAUCCGGAUGAUUACCCACGAUCCUGUGAACUGGGAAAAGGCUACGGAAUUCCCCGACGCCACCCAUAUUCUAGAUUUCGGCCCCGGAGGCAUCUCAGGUCUUGGUGUCUUGACCAACCGCAACAAGGAUGGCACUGGCGUUCGUGUUAUUCUUGCCGGUACCAUGGACGGUACAAAUACCGAGGUUGGCUACAAGCCUGAGAUCUUCGAUCGAGACGCUGAACAUGCCGUCAAGUACGCGGUUGACUGGGUCAAGGAAUUUGGCCCUAGAUUGGUCAAAACAUCUGCUGGCCAGACAUUCGUCGAUACCAAGAUGAGCAGACUUCUUGGUCUGGCGCCAGUCAUGGUCGCUGGUAUGACUCCCUCCACAGUUCCCUGGGAUUUCGUAGCUGCCACCAUGAACGCUGGCUACGAGAUUGAACUGGCAGGUGGUGGGUACUACAACGAAAAGACCAUGACCGAAGCAAUCACCAAGAUCGAAAAGGUCAUUCCCGCUGGACGUGGUAUCACGAUCAACUUAAUCUACGUCAACCCACGUGCCAUGGCUUGGCAGAUUCCUUUGAUCGGAAAACUCAGAGCUGACGGUGUCCCUAUUGAGGGUCUCACCAUUGGUGCGGGGGUGCCAUCCAUCGAGGUUGCCAAUGAAUACAUCGAGACACUCGGCAUCAAGCACAUUGCCUUCAAGCCCGGAUCAGUCGAGGGCAUUCAGUCGGUCGUCAACAUUGCGAAAGCGAACCCAACAUUCCCAGUCAUAAUGCAAUGGACCGGUGGUCGUGGUGGUGGGCAUCAUUCGUUCGAGGAUUUCCACCAGCCUAUUCUCCAGAUGUACAGCCGAAUCCGCAAGUGCGAUAACCUCAUCCUUAUCGCCGGUAGUGGUUUUGGAGGCGCCGAAGAUACCUAUCCAUAUCUCACUGGAACGUGGUCUAACAAAUUCGGAUUCCCUCCGAUGCCCUAUGAUGGCUGUAUGUUUGGCAGCCGCGUCAUGACCGCAAAGGAAGCUCAUACUUCUAAAAACGCCAAGCAAGCGAUUGUCGAUGCUGAAGGUGUGGACGACGCCGACUGGGAGCAGACUUACAAAAGCCCAGCUGGUGGAAUCAUCACAGUGCGCUCUGAGAUGGGCGAGCCGAUCCACAAACUUGCAACUCGGGGCGUCUUGUUCUGGUCCGAGAUGGAUAAGGAGGUAUUUGCCCUGGACAAGGCUAAGCGCAUCCCGGUGCUCAAGAAGAAGCGCGACUACAUUAUCAAGAAGCUCAACGACGACUUCCAGAAGGUCUGGUUUGGCCGCAACAAGGCUGGCGAGUCUGUUGAUCUGGAAGAUAUGACCUAUGGCGAAGUCAUCCGACGCAUGGUUGACCUGAUGUAUGUCAAGCAUGAAUCAAGGUGGAUUGAUCCGAGCUUGAAGCGUCUGACUGUGGACUUCAUCCGUCGUGUGGAAGAACGUUUCAGCAAAGUGGAUAGAGAGUCGAUCAUCCAGAGCUAUGAGGAACUGAACACUCCUUUCCCCGUCGUCGAGAAGGUUCUCCAAGAAUACCCAGAGGCGGACGAGCAGCUUAUCAACGCUCAAGAUGUCCAGCACUUCCUCCUCCUUUGUCAACGUCGUGGCCAGAAGCCUGUUCCAUUCGUCCCAGUGUUGGAUGACACUUUCGAAUUCUUCUUCAAGAAGGACUCUCUCUGGCAAUCCGAGGAUCUCGAAGCGGUUGUCGACCAAGAUGUUGGCAGGACUUGCAUCUUGCAAGGUCCCAUGUCCGUUAGAUAUUCAAAGGUCGUUGACGAACCUGUCAAGGAUAUUCUGGACGGCGUUCACGAAGGCCACAUCAAGAGCUUGAUUCAAGACGUCUACGGUGGAGAUGAAUCCAAGAUUCCAGUCAUCGAGUACUUCGGCAGCAAGCUGCUUGGUGCUACCGAAGACAUUGAAGUUGAAGGUCUUACCGUCUCAGAGCUAGAUGACAAGGUCAUCUAUCGUCUUUCAUCUGCCCCCAACGCGACUCUACCAGACGUGCAGUCUUGGAUGCAACUCUUGGCCGGGAAAAUCUACUCUUGGAGACACGCCUUCUUCACGGCCGACGUUUUUGUUCAAGGACAGCGAUUCCAGACUAACCCCAUGCAACGAAUUUUCAAGCCAACCCUUGGCAUGAUGGUUGAGAUCGCUCACCCAAAUCAACCCGCUGAAACGGCCAUCACCAUUAAGGAGCCUUACCAUGGCGGCAAGCACGUCAAGACAGUAGAAAUCAGCAUGAUCCAGAACAACGAGAUCUUGGCGAACAUGUAUGAAGAAAGGACCUUCUCUCACAGGCCAGUUGCCCUUCCUCUCAAAUUCACGUACCACCCAGAGACAGGUUACGCUCCCAUUAGAGAGGUUAUGGAGGCUCGCAAUGAUAGGAUCAAGGAAUUUUACUACCGUAUCUGGUUCGGCGACGAACCAGUUCCGUUUGACGCUCCUGUCACAUCUCGAUUCGAGGGUGGUCGAGCCACUGUCACCAGCGAGGCUAUUAACGACUUUGUCCAUGCGGUUGGUAAUACUGGAGAGGCUUUCGUGGAUCGUCCUGGAAAAGAGGUUUGGGCUCCUAUGGAUUUCGCUAUCGUUGUUGGCUGGAAGGCUAUUACGAAACCGAUCUUCCCCAAGGCGAUCGAUGGUGAUCUUCUCAAACUCGUUCAUCUUUCCAACGGCUUCCGAAUGAUCGAAGGCGCCCAGCCUCUCAAGAAAGGAGACGUUCUCGACACGACGGCUCAGAUCAAUGCAGUGAUCAACCAAGAGUCUGGAAAGAUGGUUGAAGUCUGCGGCACGAUUACCAGGGAUGGUGAGCCUGUAAUGGAGGUUACCAGCCAGUUCUUGUAUCGUGGCGCCUACACAGACUUCGAGACUACAUUCCAGAGGAAGAACGAGACUCCCAUGCAGCUGCACCUCGGUACCUCCAAGGAUGUUGCUAUUCUUCGAUCCAAGGAAUGGUUCAACCUUGAGGAACCAGGCAUUGAGCUUCUCAACAAGACCUUGACGUUCAAGCUCCAGAGUCUUAUCCGGUACAAGAACAAGACUGCUUUCAGCUCCGUCCAAACUGUUGGUGAGGUACUUCUCGAACUCCCUACCAAGGAAAUCAUCCAGAUUGGCUCUGUUGAAUACGAGUCUGGCUUUUCAUACGGCAACCCCGUCUUGGAUUACCUUCAACGGAACGGAGCAACUAUCGAUCAGGCUGUCAAUUUCGAGAACCCUAUUCCCUUGAAUGGAAAGACUCCCCUCACAUUGAAGGCACCUGCUUCCAACGAGACCUAUGCUCGUGUCUCUGGAGAUUACAAUCCCAUUCACGUUUCUAGGGUGUUCUCAAGCUAUGCCAACCUUCCUGGAACCAUUACUCAUGGAAUGUAUUCCAGCGCUGCCGUUCGAAGUCUAGUAGAGACAUGGGCCGCUGAGAAUCACAUCGGUCGCGUGCGUAGCUUCCAUGCUUCUCUGGUUGGAAUGGUUCUUCCGGAUGACAUUAUUGAUGUCAAACUUGAACAUGUCGGUAUGAUCUCUGGUCGCAAGAUCAUCAAGAUCGAGGCCUCCAACAAGGAGACUGACACCAAGGUCCUCCUGGGCGAGGCUGAAGUCGAGCAGCCAACCUCCGCCUACGUUUUCACCGGACAAGGCUCACAGGAGCAGGGUAUGGGUAUGGAUCUCUAUGCCAGCAGCCCGGUCGCGAAGGAUGUCUGGGAUCGUGCUGACAAGCAUUUCAUGGACAACUAUGGCUUUGCUAUCACCAACAUCGUCAAGAACAACCCGAACGAGCUUACCAUCCACUUCGGUGGACCCCGCGGUAAGGCGAUUCGCCAGAACUACAUGUCGAUGACCUUUGAGACUGUCAGCUCCGAUGGCUCCAUCAAGUCCGAGAAGAUCUUCAAGGAGAUAGACGAGAACACGACGUCAUACACAUAUCGGUCUCCGACAGGUCUUCUUUCCGCCACCCAGUUCACGCAACCUGCUUUGACCCUCAUGGAGAAGGCCUCUUUUGAGGACAUGAUCUCGAAGGGUCUGGUGCAGCGUGAUAGUAGCUUUGCUGGCCACUCGCUCGGAGAGUACUCUGCUCUUGCUGCGCUUGCAGAAGUCAUGCCUAUUGAGAGUUUGGUUUCUGUUGUGUUCUACCGUGGCUUGACUAUGCAGGUCGCUGUGGAGCGCGACGAGACUGGUCGAUCCAACUAUUCCAUGUGCGCCGUCAACCCCAGUAGGAUUUCGAAGACCUUCAACGAGCAAGCAUUGCAAUAUGUUGUUGAGAACAUCUCCGAGGAAACCGAUUGGCUCCUUGAGAUUGUCAACUACAACAUCGCCAACAUGCAAUACGUCUGCGCUGGCGAUCUCCGUGCGCUUGACUGCCUCACCAACGUGCUCAACUACCUCAAGGCGCAGAAGAUCGACAUUCAGGCGUUGAUGGGUAGCAUGUCUCUAGAAGAUGUCAAGGCUCACUUAGUCGAGAUCAUCAAGGAGUGCGCGAAGCAGACAGAAGCGAAGCCGAAGCCGCUGGACCUACAGCGUGGUUUCGCGACCAUUCCAUUGAAGGGCAUCGACGUGCCAUUCCACAGCACUUUCCUGCGCUCUGGUGUGAAGCCCUUCCGAAGCUUCCUGCUCAAGAAGAUUCACAAGACGUCGAUCGAUCCUUCCAAACUCGUCGGCAAAUACAUCCCCAACGUCACGGCCAAGCCGUUUGCGCUCACCAAGGAGUACUUUGAGGAUGUGUACAAGCUGACCAACUCGCCGAAGAUUGGCAAUAUCUUGGCAAACUGGGAGAAGUAUGAGGAUAAGCCUGAGGAGCCGAAAACGGCACAGGUUGCGUGAUCUAGUUGAGGUUGUGUUUUAUGUGACACAAGAAGGGUGGCGUUUUGGGACAUGGUUUGUGGUUUUAGACGAGCGAUAUCCGGUUGUUCAAGUAGUGUUCCAUGGUCAUUAGACGAGUUGUAGAU